ACGCCGCCGCCAGUGCUGCCUCGGACGCGGCGCGGCGCGGCCGCGAACUAGUCGUGCCCAAAUGUGAUCCUGUGGUCUUCCAUGUGUUUGUGAUUGUGACCUCCAAAAUGACAACGAUUACGCAGAUCUCCACUAAGCGGGUUAAGUAGCGGUCACGCAGCAUGAGCGUGGAGGACAGGAGCGCUAGCACCAGCACCGGCGUGAUCCGCGGGUGGGGCUGCACGCCGACCGGCGACCCGCCGCCCGCCGCCGUCUGCGAGGGGCGAAUCCCCGCCGCCUGUCUCCCCGCCGGACUAGUCAGGGGCUGGAGAAGAACCUGCCUUUACGCCAUCAUAGUGGUGUUAAUGGUGCUGGUGUUUCUAAACAUAGCGCUGACCCUCUGGAUUAUAAGCACGUUGCGGUUAAAUGCGAAUGGCAUUGGCCCAAUCAAGAUCAUCAAGAACGGCAUCCAGCUGGACGGGCAGGCGUGGGUGGUGGACCAGCUGGCGGUAUCAACAAUCUCCUCGGCGCCCGCGCAGCCCGUCACCGUGCACUCCUACCGCAACUUCAGCGUGCUGGUCUCGGAACCCACUUUCGGGAACAACAACACUUUGCGACAUGUGGAACUGGCCAAGUUACUAAUUAAGCGUGACAGCGUAGUGUGUAGCGGUCGUAAAUUUGAGGUUCGCGACGCGCACGGCGCCAGCGUGUUCUCGGCGUCGCGCGACGAGGUGCGCGUGGCGGCGGAUACUUUGGCGGUGGCCGGCGCGGGCGGCGUCACGGUCAAGAACGCGAUACAGGCGCCCUCUGUACGCGCGCCACCUGGAUCUGACUUACAGUUGGAAUCAUUGACCAGACGCCUGAGCUUGAAGGCGCCGCAGUCGAUACAUUUCGACAGCAGAGCGGGCAGCAUGGAUAUGACAUCACAUGGCGAUAUAAAGUUCAACUCUCUCGUUGGAUCAAUUAAAUUCGAUGCUCCGAACAUCAUCAUCAGUAAUCUAAAGGAGGCUAACGUGACAAACAAGGCUCAGAAGAAUAUUAGAACAAUGAAAGUUUAUCAGCUCUGCGUCUGCUUGUCAGGGAAGCUGUUCCUCGCGCCACCUGACAGCGUGUGCGCCUCCACUGAUGACGACAUGUGCCGAUGAUGAGCGACGUCACAUUCAAAAUAAGAACUUUUUGAACUGAUAGUAGCAUAUCCGUAGAUUUGAAAAUAGAACUCUACAAUACAACUGAGAAGUGAAUUCUAAUAUGCCAGUGCCUAAUAUUGAAAUGUUUGUUUGAUGAAAAAUAGAGAUUAGAAUGGACGAAUAAUUAUAAUCUUUAUUGUACCUUAUAUCUUUCUAUAAAACCGUUUUAAUGGUUGUAUUUAAAGUGAACACGUCACAGAUUUGAACAAUCGAAUUGACUAGUCAUAGAUUAGAUCUAAAUAAUUGCUAUAUUUUAGAUUGUACCAGUGUGCCAAAUAUUUUUACCUAAAUGUACCUGGAAUUAAGAAUUAAAUAUUUUAAGUUUAAUUGCGUUACACAUCUUUAGCAAUAAAUAAUAUUGUGAUCAUUAGAGUUAGGUAUACUAAGCACUCUUUGAACUGAUACUAAAGGAUAAGUAUCUUUAAUAACCUGAACCGCAUAUUGAAUUUCCUUUAGGAGGUUCUGCACCAAGCACUUUGCACAAUUAUAUUUUAGUACAACAAUAAAAAAAUAAAUUUUACAACUUAA